AAAGGUUGGUGCUGCCGUCACAUGCAGAUGCAGGUACACCACACGAAAAAGAGCCAGCCAACUCUCCAAUCAAACGCAUGAGACGAAACACGCAAGCCGCACCGUGUAACCGUUCCUUCACAAACAGAAAACAGAUUUGGUGGUCGAUGUGACAUUCAAAGACGAGGUAACGAGCGUUGAUCUCCGAUCCGACGGUGGUGCGCGCGCAACAGCAGGAGGGAGGAUCCGAGCUCCUCUUCCUCCUCCAACCAAUCCCUCUUCUUCCCCUCCUGGCUGCUGGCUCCCGCGGUUCCUCCUCCUUGUCUCCGGCAAUUCGAGGACAGUUCUCGCCGUGGGGGGACCGGAGAGAGAUCAGCCGUCUGGUGAGGUGAGUCGGGAGGAGCGGCUGCCCGCGGGCGGGAGAGGAGAUGAUCACGCGAGCCAAGCUCGUGGAGCAGCUGCGGGACCACCAGAUCCGGUCGGCCCAGUCCUACUCCGCCGCGCUCGCCGUCUUCUUGCCCAGCCCCCACAUCGCCUCCAGGAAGGAUCUCAAGGUUGCUCUCAUAUAUGCGGUCUUGUUUUGUUUUCUCAUGGUGUCCUGCUAUGUUGCCAUUUACUUGAAAUGGUUCAAACUUUCAGCCAUGUUUGUAAUUUUCGGAAUUCUUCUUCCAGUGAGUCUCAAAAUCUCUAGGCAUAGAAGGCUCAAGAGGAAAAGAGAAAGGAGAUUACUGUUACCACUGUCCAUGUGAAUAUGUUUCCAUACCAUGUAACAUUUCAGUAAAGUUGCUCAACUACAGAUAGGAAAAGAUUCCCGGCAGAUUAACUCGAUUCACAGCCCCAGGUUACACUUUCCAGUUUCCAGAA